GUCCUCCAAUGGUAAUUAUGAAUGUUUACUAUUGUUGUCAACACGGAAGCGAAAUACAUCGAAAAUUAAGCUUGCAAAAAUAGUGCUUCAGAGGAAUAAAAUGCUAAUCUUUCAAUACAAAUAUUCUCCGUACUCGGGCCUGCUGCGAGGCUACCAGAAAUUACGUUCACCGCUAUUUGCAUUUAGCACUGCAGUACGCUCGCUGAAUAUAUUGGUUUCCUGGGACAAACUCCUCAAAUUUCCAGAGGAAGGUCCACGAUAGGAGGUCUGCAAACAUUUGUCUUCCCUUUUCUACAACAUUCCACUGAGUAUUUUCCGGUGCUCAUCCCAGGAAACGGAAGUCUGACGAAGGAGAAGGUGCGUGCAAUAUUUCAGUUUCUGGAAAGGCGAAGGUUUUGGCGGGCGUUCUGAGGCACACGUCCCGUUAUAUAGCCGGCACAACCAGCCGCUGUUUCUGUCAGAAAGACUCCUUUUUGGUCGUCUUGAGGUCCAUAAAAAUCAUUGAGUCAAUCCACUAUUCUGAGCUGCCAAAAGGUGUAAAAUCAUGGCUUCUGGUAUCAAAGUUACAGAUGACGUCAUGACGGCAUAUGAUGAGGUGAACAAAGGGCACAAGUACAAGUAUGUGACGUUCAAGGUGGCGGAGAAUGAGACAGAGAUCAUUGUGGAAAGCAAAACAAAGGAAUCAACCUGGGACCAGUUCCAGGCUAGUCUUCCAGCGAACGAGCCACGAUGGUGCGUGUACGACUUUGACUACAAGACCAAUGAGGGCCAGGAUCGUGACAAGCUGGUCAUAAUAAGAUGGUGUCCCGAUGAUGUGGGGAUCAAGAAAAGGAUGAUACAUUCCUCAAGCUCCGACGCCCUUAUGAAGAAGUGCAAGGGAUUCCAGUAUCAAGCAAACGACCGCUCUGAUCUCAAUUUCGAAGAAGUGAGGGGCAAGAUUCUUGCAACAAGCCAGUAGUGCUCCAGAUGGAAACACUCAUACAUGUCCUUUUUAGGGGCUUGACUUUGUAUCUCUUGCUACUCAAAUUUUGUUGUCUCGACAGCUUGCUCUACAUGUACUACUACAGGUAUAUCUGUUGCACAUUUUGAAUUUGAUGCAUUCCAAUGAAUAUAGCGUUGGCUGCCCUUAAACUUGUAGGCUGGGACCAAUUUUGUUGUAUGUGAUCUACACCUGUUGGUUUGCAUUACAACAUCAUUUAACGCUGAGUCACUGUGUGCUUAACUGAAACUGGCUUCCAACUGAAAUAGGGAGUUGGAUACAGUUUUGCUUCAAAUUGAGUCAAGUUUGAUAUGUUGUUGCUACCAUGAUACAAUUCUUACAUGAAGCAAGCCAGACUACCAUGUUGUGGAACUGAUACCAAAUUUUCCAUGUGAAAGAAUGGUCGGGAACUAUACCCACUAUUAACAUCAUGCCAUGGAUGUUUUAACUGUUCAGACGUUUGUAAGUUGUUGGUAGAAGAUGUGCUUACUACAUACACUAACAGUAUCAACAAAGAACUGUCCCUUAGGAUUAAAACUGUCGUCUAUAUAGAGAUUGUUGCAUUUUCCGCUGCUUUGUUGACCGUACAACAUCUAUUAUCUUUGCUGACAUUCCUGCAACUUCUUUUUAAAGAACUCUUCUUUCAAGAAUUCUAGUCUGUACCAGCCUUUGGAACUGAUACCAAAUUUUCCAUGAUGAAAAAUGUCAUCUAUAUAGAGAUUGUUGCAUUUUCCUCUGCUUUGUUGACCAUACAACGUCGCUUCUGUGUUAUCUUUGAUGACAUUCCUGUAGUGUAUAACUCCACUUUAAAAAAACUUUUCUAGCCUCUACCAGGCUCCACAUGUAGCUGGAAAGACAGCAGAAAUUGGCCAAAUAGACAGAUGCCGUCCAAGCAGCAUGUGGAGCCUGGCAGAAGCUACAAGAAGCCAACAGCUUUUGUUUCAACAAUUCUAGCCGUACAAUGUAUACUAUCUAUACUACAUUUGUAGUUGGUGAUCAUAUGCUAAAGCUUAUGUGUUGAUUAAAAGUGAAGGAUUGUUUUCUAUUGAUGCACAGUAAUACUGUUAAGUAUGCAGAUUAGGCAAGUGUUUGUCAUCACCUAAUGUUGUAAAGUAGAUGCCUAUGAUUUCCAAGAAAUACUAACUACUUUGCCAUUUCUGUGAAUAAAUAGCAAUACUCUAGUGAAGAUAGUAUUUCUCUAUUAUUCUACAAGUUCAUGCCAAAAUAUAUUUUUCUUGUUUGCUGA